AUGUCGGGAGCCCCGUCCUCGGCCGUCAAGGCCCAGGCCAAAGCCCAAGACCACAAGCCUCUUCGCUCGGCCAAGCAUGACGUCGCCAAGGUCCAUAUCGCAGACACCCCCAUAACCUGGUCCAGCUGGCACAAGCACGUCAACUGGCUCAACACGACGCUCAUCGUCUUCAUCCCCAUCCUGGGCUUCAUCUCGGCAUACUGGGUUCCCCUCCACCUUUACACCGCCAUCUUCGCCGUCAUCUACUACUUCCACACCGGCCUCGGCAUCACUGCCGGCUACCAUCGCCUAUGGGCUCACACCUCCUUCAAGGCCACACUUCCCCUAAAGAUUUACCUGGCCGCGGUCGGCGCUGGCGCCGUCGAAGGUUCCAUCCGCUGGUGGUCCCGGGAGCACCGCGCCCACCACCGCUACACCGACACCGAGAAGGACCCCUACUCGGUCCGCAAGGGUCUGCUCUACUCCCAUCUCGGCUGGAUGGUCUUCAAGCAGAACCCCAAGCGCGCCGGUCGCACCGACAUCACCGACCUCAACGAGGACCCCGUCGUCGUCUGGCAGCACCGCAACUAUCUCAAGUCGGUCAUGUUCAUGGCCCUCGCCUUUCCCACCCUCGUCUGCGGUCUGUGCUGGGGCGAUUGGCUCGGCGGCUUCGUCUACGCCGGCAUUCUUCGCAUCUGCUUUGUCCAGCAGGCCACGUUUUGCGUCAACUCGCUGGCCCACUGGCUCGGUGAUCAGCCCUUUGACGACCGCAACUCGCCUCGCGACCACGUCAUCACGGCUCUUGUCACCCUCGGUGAGGGCUACCACAACUUCCACCACGAGUUCCCCUCGGACUACCGAAAUGCCAUCGAGUGGUAUCAGUACGACCCGACCAAGUGGUCCAUCUGCCUGUGGAAGUGGCUCGGCCUCGCCUACGACCUCAAGCAGUUCCGCGCCAACGAGAUCGAGAAGGGCCGCGUGCAGCAGAUGCAGAAGAAGCUCGACCAGAAGCGCUCCACCCUCGACUGGGGUACCCCCCUGGAACAGCUCCCCGUCAUCAGCUGGGACGACUUUGUCGACGGUGCAAAGAAUGGCAAGGCCCUCGUCGCCAUUGCCGGUGUCAUUCAUGACGUGACCGACUUCAUCAAGGAUCACCCCGGUGGCAAGGCUCUCAUCUCCUCUGCCGUCGGAAAGGACGCCACGGCCAUCUUCAACGGCGGCGUGUACAACCACUCAAACGCCGCUCACAACCUCUUGUCCACGAUGCGUGUCGGCGUUCUCCGCGGCGGUUGCGAGGUGGAGAUUUGGAAGCGCGCUCAGUUCGAGAACAAGGAUGUCACAUACAUGAACGACUCGGCCGGCCAGCGGAUCGUCCGCGCUGGUGCCCAAGUCACCAAGAUGAUGCAGCCCGUGGCCAGCGCGGACGCCGCUUGA